AUGGCUUCGUGGAUGCCAGCCUACUUCCAGAAGCGCCUGCUUCGGACUGCCCUCUCGCGUAUCGCUUUGCUGGAUGUAGACUCAUUAGAUCUCGAAUCCUUGGGCGUGAAGAUCGGCAGGACCAGCACUGUCGAGCUCAAGAAUGUCGGGCUCCAUGUCCAGGAACUCUCGGCUUUGCUGCAACUUCCACCAGACCUUCGCCUCCAUGUCGCCCGUGUACUAUCGCUCCGCCUGACUGUUCCUGCCAAUUUCUUCCAACAGAGCAUCGUCGCCGAAGUAGAUGGUAUCGAGAUCCACGUUGCAGCAGACGUGCCUGCCAGCCCCAACGACAAUGCCGCCGACGCAAAGGCUCCAGACCAUCGCAAGACGAACCGACGGAUACACUCUCCUUCCCCUUACCAUGAUAGUGGCGGUCUGCCCAACACUCAGAAACUCGCUCAGUCCAUCUUGCUCGAAGAACCGGCCGAAGAAAAACAAGAGUUGGAGGCUCGCUAUAUGGCCAAGUCGUCUCUGAGCGACACAAGCGAUGAGCUAGGUACUGGCACGAGUCUGGGUCUGCCAGCCAUCAUUGCUACUUUUCUGCAAGGAAUCGUAGAUCGUAUCCAAGUCAGGAUCAAAGAUGUCAACAUCAGGCUGUCUCUCCACGACUCAACCCCUGAAGCCUCUCCCAUGACCUUCAUCGCACAUUUGGACGACGUCCAUGUCAAUGCUGCUGUUCCAUAUGUUGCUGAUCAUGAUAGAGACCGCCAAGUGCCUGCUGGAAAGCGAAGGCAGAUCGCCCUCAACGGGCUCAGCGUCCACCUUUUGCGCGAGGAACGAUAUGCUCAUACGCGUACGUCCGUGGCUGAUUUGUUUGCAUCAUAUACAUCGAGUAGCACAAACAGAAAAGAGAGGCGGACUAGUGAUACUCACUCGGAACAUGAACCAGCUCUAGCGGAAUCUGGUGUCCUACCACACAUGAACUUCCCAGCUCACGCGUAUCUAUCCGACGACUCGGACCACGAAAGUUUGCCGGAUGAGAUGAUGCAAAGCACUGCCUCNUUUGACAUUCGCCCUGGUGAAGACAACAUCUCUUGGGCGUCUAGAAGAAGUCGAGGCUCUUCUGAUCACGAUCAAAUAUGGUCUUCGUUCGCUCCGGACGAUGAUCGAUCCGCAUCUGAGUUACUACAGGACUUGUCAUCUUCAGUCUUUAUGAGUACAGUUGAUGCUCGAGGCUCCCCGAGCGUUAUGUCACAAUCGACAAUCGGACAGUCUUUCACAAGUGCACAAGCCCCACAGACCGCCUCAAGUUCAAGGUUCAUACACCACAAUACGGACUUGAGCCCCGAUCGCGGGAACGAAGACGUCCCAGAUAACGUUGGUGCUAGAGACACGCUGGCUUCGUCCCCUCUCAAAUCAGACGAUGGAGCAGAUUUGACAGAAUCUGUAGUUUACAGUCAUGCUGAGGCGGAGAGCAUGUACAUGAGUGCUGUAGGUCAAGAGCCCGGAUCUCCAAACCUCAAUACACUACCAGGAGGCUGGAACUCUGUUAUAGAAGAUGAAGACUCCGACCCUCCGUUUUUGUCGCAGCACUUAGAUGAGCAAUCCGGCUAUGAAUCUGAGGAUAAAGCUCCUACUCCAACUUUGAGAGAUCAAUCACCUGGCAUGGAGCGCCAGUCUGCUGCGGAAGCACAAGAUCCAAAGGAUACAUCUUUCACAUACGUUUCGAAAGAGAUUCUAGUCAUGCACGAGUUGAGAGUUGGCAUCUGUCAAUCUCCACGCACAAGCAAACAGGUGCAUAGAGUAGAAGAUUCUAUCUCUCAGAGUUCGAUGACAACCUCUGCCUUUCAGCAAGCUCCAGGCGCAUUCUCGAUCUAUGCUGGGUCAGGCCGUCCAUCCUUGCGAUUCAACGCGCCUCCUACAAUUGAUGAAACUACAAUUCGCGAGGAAGGUGAGAUGACGGACACAACUAUCGAGGUUGAAGUAACCCCGAUUAUGUUGCAGUUGGACGCUGGUACAAUCCGUUCUUUGAUCACACUAGUAGAGGUAGCGAAAAAUCCGAGCCAAACUUCAGCACCAAGGGAAAGUUCUGAACACAAUGAUGCGGUUGUUGACCAGAAUAUACCGGGGCUUUCGUUGCACCUGGCAACCUUCUGCGUGUCCUUGUUCGAAGAUCUACCGGAGUCAUCGGUAGAGCUGGUCAAUUUGUCCAUGUGGCGACCUGGACCAUAUCCCGACCACGAGAGGAGAGCGUUGCUGCAACUCCAGUUACAACGACUUGAUCUCGAAAUUGACAGUCAUCCUCCUCCUGCAGAAGUCAAGCUCAAGAUUGGCAAUUUCACGUUUACGGCUGGUACCAACGACAUUCUCUCUUUCGAUCUUAUGAAGCACCACCCAGAGCAAAGGGGUACUCAACACGCGAUGACCGCCACAUCUACCACAAGGACAACUCUCCAAGGGCAAAGCGUGAGAAGGAUAGAAGCCGAACUACUUCCUCUUCGUAUCAAUCUGGACCUGGUGAAGUUCGAUGAAGAUUUUGACACACUAGGCGGUAUGGUUGGUAUCGUCGAGAUGAGCUCCUCCUUGUUUUCGAGCGGUUACUUCUCCAACAGGCAAGAGACCUCCACACCGCCACGUAAAGGGGUCCGCUUCCAGGAAUCAGUUACCGAUGAGAGCACUGCACUUGAGACAAAAUUUAACGCACGACUGGAAAGGAUUGAUAUAAUGCUGAGCUCGAAAUCAUGUUCAGUGGAAGUGCAAGCAUCAACGACGAAAGUUGUACACCGACAAAGUGGUGUCAUUGUUGGCAUCGAAACGUUGUCUCUCGCGUUACCCACACCAGACACUUCGGCUGUUCCUUCCAGCCUCGACAUCGUUGUGAAACAGGUCAAACUGGUCUAUACCUUCUUGCCAUCACAGCAAGAUUUAGGCCGUCUAAUAUCUCUUGUCACUCCGUCAAAGAACAAAUACGAGAACGAUGAUGAUAUCCUGAUCGACACGCUUCUCAGGCAAAGGAGGAAAGGAUCAGUUCUGAACGUACAGGCAUCGUCCUUCCAGACAUGUAUCCACCGGUGGGACUUCAUACCACAUCUCCAGUCACUCGGUGAAGAGCUCUCUAAACUAUCGGCAGUCACGAAGUACUUACCUGAGGAUGAUGCUCCUGGAAUUCUGGUUCUGGUUAAGCUCGCCAAUACAAAGCUCACGUUACCUGUCAAUGAUAGAUUCGGGUUUUUGCAUGUUUCUUUGAUGAACAUACAUAUCGCUCACGUCGGUUUGCCCGCUCUCUCUGCACUCUCUGUGGGCAACAUAAGCUUGAGCUCUACAGGGGGACAAGAGAUGAUCCAUGAGAUGCUUCCAGGAGCCUGUACAGAGGAUUAUCCUAUGCUUAUGAUGCGUAUGGUUGGUGACGAAGUAGAGCCCGUGGUCAAGUUGAAGCUUUUCAACAUCUGCGUCGAGUACGAUGUCCCUACACUCCUGUCUCUCACCAAUACCGAGACUGCCUCAGAGGUAGAGCAGAAAGUGCAAGAUACUGCGGCGUCCGCUUUAGACAUUAACAGUCCAGAGCUUGAGAAGACGUCAGGACCGCCAUCUGCAACCAACAGAUCAUCCGAUAGCAUCAACAAGAAGCUCGCCAUCGACGUUCUACUACAUGGCUGCGGCUUUGGUCUACAGCCUAGAGAGUUGAAUUCUAAAGGCAUUCUUCUACUGAACGACACGAAAUUCGGCACUUCGGUUCCGCCAGACGAGUCCUUCGAGGCUGUCCUCAACAUUCGACAAGGGACCCUUCAUGUCGUUGACCACGAAAUCAUGCAAUCCACCGGAGGCCAGCUNUCUCCUACUUCAUCUUCUCAGCCCAGUCACUCGUCACAUCUGCAAACUUAUCUUCUCGACAAGGGUUACGUUGCGGUCAGUUCAAUCAGAUCCGCUCAAGCCACUGUGUCUGUUCUCGAGGAAGGACCCAGUCACGACAAGUUCAUAGAUGUCGAAGUGCGUGACGAGUUCUUCUUGUUGGAAACGUGUGCAGAUUCUACACAGACUUUGAUUGCUGUCCUCAAUGGUCUAUCACCACCAGUAUCUGCCAAUAACGACCCCAAAUUCCGUCCUCAACCUGACACUGGCCUUAUGACACUGGACGAUAUGGUGAACUCAUUUUCGGGUGAAGCGUUCGUCAAACCCGGCCCCGCUNNCCCCUCUGCGUUGUUCGAUGCUGAGAUAGACCUGCCACUGUCUGAAGAAGACAGUCUGAUGGUUGGGUCAGAUACGGCAUCGGGUCUCUAUGAGCCAGUGGAUGAAGGUAUGGGCUUUGAAGAAGGAGACUUCUACAGUGGUGGCAACCUUCAAUCAGAUACUGUCGAAAGUCUUCUCGAGCAAGAUCCUUUCGAAAUGACAAGUUCACCGCAAUUUGGCGACGAUGCCUUGUUGCGCAGUCUGCGAAAAGAGCUCGGCGGUUCGGACGUUGCAACUGCUGCGGUUGUAAAGCCAUUCUACCAGGAUGAUCGACAACUAGACAAGAUAUAUGGAGGUUCGAGAGCACUCGGCGAAGCUCACGAGCAGCAAAAACGAUUUCCAAUGCAAGUUCGAGUUCGAGAGGUUAACAUCAUCUGGAAUCUGUACGAUGGCUACGAUUGGCGACGUACACGCGAAACGAUCACCCAGGAAGUCGAAAAGGUGGAAAUGGAGCUCGAAGAACGUAAGUCGAACAGACGAAGGUCCAAUACCUUCGAGGACGACACCGAGACGGUCAUUGGUGAUUGCUUGUUCAAUUCUAUCUACAUAGGCGUCCCUUCGGCUCGCGAACCGGCCGACCUUCGACAUUCAAUCAGUAACUUGAUAAACCAAGGAAACGAGGCUGCUAGUGAGACAGAAAGUUAUGCCACCACUGGCACAUCCAGGCCUAGCCAAGCUGAUAUCGGCCGCCAGAAAAGGCUCCGNAAAAAGCGACUCCGUCUUCAGCGUGGUACAUCCCACAAACUCGGCUUUGAGCUCAAAGGAGUCUCCCUCGAUUUUCUCGUACAUCCACCUGAUAGCGGCGAAGUGCAAAGCUCUGUCGAUGUCAGGGUGACUAACUUUGAGAUUUUCGAUCAUGUACCGACCUCCACCUGGAANAAGUUCUUGACGCUCCACAGCGAUAAGAAAAACAUGCGCGAGAUGAUGAAGCCCAUGAUUCAUUUGGAGCUCUUGAACGUUCGACCUGUGCCAGAAUUAGUAGCCACCGAAAUGACUAUUCGUGCUUCUAUUCUGCCGCUACGCCUGCAUGUCGACCAAGACGCAUUGGAGUUUAUGACCCGCUUCUUCGAUUUCAAAGACGAUUCGUCCAAGCCUGCCGAUGCUACUGCCGAGCCACCAUUCAUACAACGGUUAGAAGUCAACACGGUCAAUCUGUGCCUCGACUAUAAACCGAAAAAGGUUGACUAUGUCGGUUUGCGAGGUGGCCGCAUGUCAGAGUUUAAGAACUUCGUGACUCUCGAAAAGGCUGAUAUUAAGCUGAAGCAUGCAAUCAUUUACGGCCUUAGAGGGUUCGAUACGCUGCAUGAUACUCUGAGCGACAUCUGGACGCCCGAUGUGAUACACAAUCAGCUUCGUGGAGUGCUCGCUGGUAUUGGGAUGACAAGACCGCUUGUCGAACUUGGCAUGGGAAUCCGUGACAUUGUAGCAGUCCCUGUCGCUGAGAUGAGGAAGGAUGGCUUCAAGGUUCGCAGCGUGCANAAAGGUGCCGUCAAAGCUCUGAGCACGACCUCAUCCGGAUUCGCACGCUUGAUUGCUAAGGUCGCGAUUGGUACCGGGACCAGAUUGCAAGAGGUCGAAGAUAUGCUCUCCGCGGGUCAGCGUCCCCGCACCCACCAAGGACUGUCAAGUGUUGAGGAAGAAUACGAGGAGCUCGAACCGCGCCAGGUCAGCAACUAUGCAGAUCAACCCCUGGGCGUGCUCCAAGGGCUGCAUUCCGCCCGUCGCUAUCUCGAGCGAGAUCUGACGACGGCACGGGAUGCUAUAAUUGCUGUGCAGGGAGACUUCAUGGCCAGCGGGACCGCUGCAGGGGCUGUCCAGGCGGUGGUUCGACAUGCGCCCACCAUCUUGCUUCAACCCGUCAUCGGAGUGAGCCGCGCAGUUGGUCAGACGUUCAAAGGUGUUGGCAAUCAAGUCGACCGUGACCACAUCAAGAAGUCGGAAGAUGUAAGUCUAUUGCUUGAGCAUCCACUCUCACCCACAUUAUUGUCUUCAAGCUCAUAA